AUGCAUCAGAUUUACAGCUGCAGUGACGAAAAUAUAGAAGUUUUCACCACUGUGAUUCCUUCCAAGGUGUCCAGUCCAGCCAGAAGAAGAGUCAAAAGCUCACAACAUCUCUUGACCAAGAAUGUGGUGAUCGAGUCGGACCUCUACUCACCCCGGCCCCUGGAGCUGCUGCCACACCGCAGUGACCGCCGAGCCAGCGAGGGCCGCAGAUCAAGCAGGCUCCAGAGCUCAUGGCAACAAGGACCCCACGCUGCUAAGAACCCCUCCAGACCGGUGGGAAUUGCUGAAUCCAAAUCAUCAAAUCUGUGUGGGAAUCGAGCCUAUGGAAAGUCUUUGAUCCCUCCGGUGGCUCGGAUCUCGGUGAAAGCCCCCGCCGCUGUCCUGGAGGCUGCGGCCACAGGCUCAGAGAACAGAGCUGUUCUGACGAGGGGAUCCAGACAUCUCAAGAAGAUGACUGAAGAGUAUCCAACGCUUCCCCAGGGAGCAGAAGCCUCCCUACCACUGACAGGAAGUGCUUCCUGUGGUGUCCCCAGCAUCCUCCGGAAAAUGUGGACAAGGCACAAGAAGAAGUCUGAAUACGUGGGAGCUACCAACAGUGCCUUUGAGGCCGACUAAAGGUGACCCUCUCCAGGUGCCCUGUGUUGGCCAAAGUUCACUGCGUGAGGGGAGAAAACUGGAUUGGAAUGGAGCCACACUUACCUCUGCUUGUAGCUGGUCCAAACACAUCAUCCUCCCUUUCUAACCAAUCGCCCCAGCUUAAGACGCAGGAAAAGAACUUCCCUUGAAAGCAAAAGAAAAUUGUUACUUCUUAGAUACACUAAAGCCAAUAGUCUGAAAGUGACUUUGGGAGGCCCUAAGUUUAUAUGCCUAUCUUUAAGCAAAACCAUACUGAAAUCGAAUUUUCCCAACCCAUUUCAAAGACCUCCAAGAAAAGAAGCGGUGAGUCAUGCUAACGUAUAUGAAAAGAAGAGCGUGUUGAGACACUCAUAAACACAAUGGCUCUUACUCUGCCUGUUACCACAUUUAUUUCAUCUUGACAAGGUGCGAUUCUUAAUGACAAAGCACUACAUGUUUACUCAGUAGUUCAAAUAUCGUCAGGAUGGGCUUUGAUGAUCAUUUGGCAUGAUUGCAUGAAUUCUCUAUUCUUUUGUGUGCAGCUUUUCUAUAGAAAACAUGCUUAAAAAGUA